UUUCUUCAUACGAAAAAAAAAAAAUAUAACUCCCACCGGACAAUGUCCACCGGAGGGGCAACGAGCGGCACCGCCGCCACCGCCGCCGUCCCGAUCCACCACCGCCGCCGCCCGGAGAAUCCCCCGGACCCUAGCCGCGCGAAAUCCGACGUGGAUUCAGAAUCACUGACAACCAACAACAAUAAUAUUAGGUCGUCAAAUUUGCGUGGAAUUUGGAGAUUUUUCUUUUCAAGAAGGAACGUCGGCAGGAAAGUCGUGCUGGCGCUCUUCGCGCUGGCGGUGAUGUCGGCGUACGUGAAGUUCUUCCUGGCGCUGAGCGCCGGCGGCGGAGACGCGGCGGAGGGCGGCGGCGGCGGCGGGAGCGCGGCGGAGAAGGAGAUCACGAGGACGACAACGUCGGUUAUUCGUAAUCUGAACGGCGAUUUCUCGGCCAAGGCGGUUUUUGACGAGUCGGAAUCAGUUUCCGUGCAGAGGCAGCCGGCGAGGCGUUUGCCGCUACCAGCAAUAUGGAGGAGACCGAGAAGUGAUCAAGUACACAAAUGUAUCAAUCGGCCGAAAGAUAAAAUUAGGAAACAAUCUGAACCAACAAAUGGUUAUAUCCUUGUUCAGGCCAAUGGAGGACUGAAUCAGAUGAGAAUAGGAAUAUGUGACAUGGUUGCCAUAGCAAAGAUUGUAAAUGCAACUCUUGUGCUCCCUUCCCUUGAUCACUCUAGCUUUUGGACUGACCCAAGUGAGUUCAAGGAUAUUUUUGAUUGGAGGCAUUUUGUGGACACAUUAAGGGCUGAUAUAGAGAUUGUUGACAAGUUACCACAAAAAUACAGAGCUGUGAAGCCCCUGAGAAAAGCCCCUAACACUUAUUACAAAACAUCAAUCCUUAACCUACUCAAAAAGCGUAAAGUGCUUCAAUUCACGCAUACCGAUUCUCGACUAGCCAAUAACGGCAUGUCGCCAUCAAUCCAGAAGCUGAGGUGUCGAGCGAACUACGAAGCCCUUCGCUUCACUCCCAAGAUUGAAGAGCUCGGUAAGAAGCUCGUCGAGAGGUUGAGAGAAAACAACGAACCGUACAUUGCUCUUCAUUUGAGAUAUGAGAAAGACAUGCUGGCAUUCACCGGGUGCAGCCACAAUUUAACCUCAUCCGAGGCCAACGAGCUUCGUACAAUGAGAUACAACGUAAGGCAUUGGAAAGAAAAAUACAUCAAAAGUAAGGAAAAACGAGCGCAGGGCCAUUGCCCUAUGACUCCACGAGAGGCCGCGCUUUUCCUAAAGGCAAUGGGCUAUCCGAGCUCGGCCCGUAUCUACAUUGUGGCGGGCCGCAUAUAUGGGGCCCAUAGCAUGGACGCGUUUCGGGCCGAGUACCCAAACGUGUUCACACACUCGACUCUGGCGAGGCCCGAUGAGCUUGAAGGAAUCGGGCUUUUUCAGAACCGGUUAGCGGCUUUGGAUUAUAUUGUUGCUUUGGAGAGUGAUGUGUUUGUUUACACUUAUGAUGGGAAUAUGGCGAAAGCCGUGCAAGGGCAUCGAAUGUUCGAAGGGUUUAGGCGGACUAUAAAUCCUGACAGGUUC